UUUACUAAUUUGUGAAGCUUUACCUAACUCGUAUCCACCUUGUUUUCUCAUUUUUAGUUGUUAAUCCUGAUGUAAGAUGGAAAUGGGGGGAAAUCAGACUUCCAUCGCAGAGUUCCUCCUACUGGGAUUUCCCAUUGGCCCAAGGAUUCAGAUGCUCCUCUUUGGGCUCUUCUCCCUGUUCUACAUCUUCAUUUUGUUGGGGAACGGGACCAUCCUGGGGCUCAUCUCACUGGACUCCAGGCUCCACACCCCCAUGUACUUCUUCCUCUCACACCUGGCGGUCGUCGACAUCGCCUGUGCUUGCAACACGGUGCCCCAGAUGCUGGUGAACCUCCUGCAUCCAGCCAAGCCCAUCUCCUUUGCUGGCUGCAUGACCCAGAUGUUUCUGUUUUUGAGUUUUGCACAUACAGAAUGUCUCCUCCUGGUGGUGAUGUCCUAUGAUCGGUACGUGGCCAUCUGCCACCCUCUCCGAUAUUCUACCAUCAUGACCUGGAAAGUCUGCAUCACUUUGGCAUUGACUUCCUGGAUUUUAGGAGUCUUAUUGGCCCUUGUCCAUCUAGUGUUACUGCUACCACUGUCCUUCUGUGGACCCCAGAAACUUAAUCACUUUUUCUGUGAAAUUAUGGCUGUUCUCAAACUUGCCUGUGCGGAUACCCACAUUAAUGAGGUAAUGGUUUUGACAGGGGCAGUGUCUGUGCUGGUGGGACCCUUCUUUUCGAUUGUAAUAUCUUAUGUUCAUAUUCUAUGUGCCAUUCUAAAGAUCCAGUCAGGAGAGGGGUGCCAGAAAGCCUUCUCCAUCUGCUCCUCCCACCUCUGUGUGGUUGGACUCUUUUAUGGCACAGCCAUCUUCAUGUAUGUUGAGCCCCAGUAUGAGAGCCCCAAGGAGCAGAAGAAAUAUCUCCUGCUGUUUUACAGCCUCUUCAAUCCCAUGCUUAAUCCCCUAAUUUAUAGUCUUAGGAACAAGGAAGUCCAAGGUGCUCUAAAGAGGAUGCUUGAAAAGAAGAGAACUUCAUGAAAGCCUGAAAGAAUAGUAAAAUAGCUGGCUUUAAAGGGCUUUGAGAUUACAUCUGAACCCAUACCUACUCAGGAUACAUAAUCACACUCUAGGGAACCCUUUCCAUCUUCUUGAAAUUUUCCUGUGACUACCUCCCGAGAAAGCCCAUUCUGCUUUCCUCUCUCCAGCAUUGAAGGUCGGAGCUGCACAAUUAAUAAAAAUAUGUUUAUACUAGCUGUCUAGUGUACACACUUUUAAUAUAAUUAUGUGAAAUAUUCUGAAAGUUGGAAAUAAAUGUGUAUCUUUUUGUUCUGUAAAUAAGACUUGAAGGCGAAUUUUUGUAGAAUAAGGAUAUAGGAGUUAGGAGAGACUGAUAACAAAGUCAUUAUUUAAUUAUUCUUAAUUUAGAAAGUGCCGGCCGGGCGCGGUGGCUCACGCCUGUAAUCCCAGCACUUUGGGAGGCCGGGACGAGCGGAUCACGCGGUCAGGAGAUCGAGACGAUCUUGGCUAACACGGUGAAACGCUGUUUCUACUAAAAAUACAAAAAAUUAGCCGGGCGUGUUGGCGGGCGCCUAUAGUCCCAGCUACUCGGGAGGCUGAGGCAGGAGAAUGGCGCGAACCCGGGAGAGCGGAGCUUGCAGUGAGCUGAGAUCGCGCCACUGCACUCCAACCUGGGGGACACAGCGAGACUCCGUCUCAAAAAAAAAAAAAAGAAAGUGUCAUAUUUAGGCCAGGCGU